AUGGCCUCUAUUUCGUUUGGCGACGCGAAUUCGGGGUUACAGCUAGGGAUCAACCAAGGGUGGAUAUGUCUUUCACCAGAGCGACCGGAACCACACCCAGAGCCUCUAUCGACCGUGCCGUUCCUACCUGAUCCAGACUUUGUCAGUCGCGAUGCGCUCCUUGACCAAAUCCAUGAGAAAGUCUUGAUCCCGGGAUCCAGGACAGUGCUUGUUGGACUUGGCGGCGUCGGGAAAACCCAACUGGCUAUUGAAUACUCUCACCGGGUCCGACGGCAAUCAUCGGAGACGUGGGUCUUCUGGAUUCAUGCGAGCAACCUCACCCGCUGUGAGAAUAGCCUUCGUGACCUUGCCGAUCGAGUCAAGAUUCCGGGACGCAAGGACCGCAACGCCAAUAUAUUCAGAGUCGUUAGCAAUUGGCUACAAGAUGCAAAGAUCGGAAAAUGGAUUCUUGUCCUAGACAAUGUUGAUGAUGACGAACUUCUCAGCAAACCUUCAAGUGACCAGAGGCAAGUAGACGGUCAGCGCGAUACCUCGACCCAGCCACCGCUAAGGUACCUUUUGGAAAGCUCUAACGGAUCCAUCAUUGUCACCAGUCGAAAUAAGAGAGUGGCUUUAGACAUUGCUAGUCACAAGAAUAUUAUCGAAGUACAACCGAUGAACGAGGCCGAAGCGCUGGAUCUGCUACAAAAGAAGCUAAAUAAACAUAUUGUGGAUGAUGACAUCGUUCUGCUAGUGGAGGCUCUUGACUUCAUACCACUCGCGAUCGUACAGGCCGCAGCUUAUAUCGCAAACAGGUCACCUCGAUGCUCAGUAGCACAGUACCUUGAAGAAUUCCGAAACAGCGACCAGGCGAUGAGGCUCCUCAACUACGAAGCAAAACUUGUCAACCGAGACUGGGAGGCUAAGAACUCGAUACUGGUUACGUGGCAGAUAUCCUUCGACCAUCUUCGACGCGCCAAAGAGUCAGCGGCAGACCUACUUUCGCUCAUGAGCCUUUUCGACCCUCAAGGCAUUCCGGAGUGUAUUCUCCAAUCCACCCAGAAGACCCAGGAUCACCAGUCCCGACUAUAUCGUAUGUACCGCGUGAUCCUCUCUGUGGGGCGAGAUGGAUAUCGAAGAUCGCACAGUGGCCGCCUAAAAGGGGUCAUUGGCAGUCCGUACUCAAACAGAGCCACUGCUUACACAGAACCGACAGAAGAUACAUUUGACGAAGACAUUGAAAUAUUGCGACAUUAUUCCUUUGUAUUAAUGGAACAAGGUCCUAAAGUCUUCCAGAUACAUCGCCUAGUACAACUAGCUACGUUGAGAUGGCUUCGGAUCCAGGGACGCAUUGAGUUUUGGAAGGAAAUAUUCACAGGAAAAAUCCUCCAGGCAUUCCCAACCAACCAUUAUGAUGACUGGGAAAACUGCAAGUCACUUUUCCCGCAUGUUAAAUCGGCUCUUUCUCAGCCACCUGAAUCAAACAAAGCUCUUCUAGAAUGGACAAGGCUCCUCCAUAAGGGGGCGCUCUAUGCGAUAAAGCAAGGAAGCUUUUCCGACGCAGAAGAGUUGGCGUCGAAAUCUAUGAUUACGAGAGGCGAGAUUUUGGGAGCAAAGCAUUCUAAAGCGCGGUCUAGCGCGAGAAUUCUCGUCGUAACGUACCUUCACCAAGGUCGAUGGCGCGAGGCCGAGUCACUGCAACUACAAAUACUGAAAAGAACAUUUGGUUCUCAAAAUUUCAAUACGCUAUCGGACAUGGCAAACCUCGCGUCGACAUAUAGGAACCAGGGGCGGUGGGAAGAGGCGGAGCAGCUCUACGUGCAGGUCAUAGAGAGAAGCAAGACUAAGCUCGGCGAGGACCAUCCCGACACACUGACUAGCAUGGCCAACCUAGCAUCGACAUACUGGAAUCAGGGCCGAUGGAAAGAAGCGGAGCAGCUCUACGUGCAGGUGAUCGAGAGAUGCAAGACGAAGCUCGAUGAAUAUCAUCCUACUACGCUAAUGAUCAUAAACAACCUCGCAUUAACAUAUCGCAGCCAAGGCCGGUGGGAUGAGGCUAGGAAACUCUUUAUGCGGGUCGCAGAAGCAAGCACGAUGAAACUUGGCGAGGAUCACCCCUUUACGCUAACAAGCACAGCUAACCUCGCGUCGAUCUUCUAUCUGCAGGGCCAGUGGAAUGAGGCCGAGAAACUGUACGUGCAGAUGAUCGAGAGACGUAAGAAGAAGCUUGGGAAGGACCAUCCCGAUAAGCUAGAGGCGGUAGCUGGUCUAGCGCAGAUAUUUUGGAGCCAGGGCCGGCUGGAUGAGGCCGAAAAGCUUUUGGUGCAGGUGAUAGAGACGAGCAAGAUGAAACUCGGCGAGGACCAUCCCGACACGUUAACGAAUAUGGCCAACCUCGCGUCGACAUAUCGGAGCCAGGGUCGGUGGGAGGAAGCCGAGCAGCUCUACGUGCAGGUGAUCGAGAGACGCAAUACGAAAUUUGGCGAGGACCAUCCUAACACUAUGGCGGCCAUAAACAACCUCGCGACGAUAUAUCAGGAGCAGGGCCGGUGGGACAAGGCCGGAAAGCUCUUAGUACAGGUGACAGAGAUGAGCAAGACUAAGCUCGGCGAGGACCAUCCCGACACACUGACUAGCAUGGCCAACCUAGCGUCGACAUACUGGAAUCAGGGCCGAUGGAAGGAGGCGGAGCAGCUUGACGUGCAGGUCAUCAAGACUCGCAUGACGAAGCUCGGCGAGGACCAUCCCGAUACGUUGACAAGCAUGGCCAAUCUGGCCUUCACUUUGAAAUUCGCAGGUCUGAGGUCAGACGCUAUCGAUUUGUUAAGAAAGUGUUUAGCUAAACAGCAACGAAUCCUGGGUCCUGCACAUCCUCAUGUUGUGUCCAAUUCCAAUGCCCUGCUAGAAUGGGAAACCGGGGCGCUGGAUAUUGACUCAUGA